AUGGUCAAAGAACCUUUACCUGUGCAAGAGGACAUGCCAUUCAGCUUGAGCGAGAAUGUUGAAAAAGGCGACUUCGACCCCGAUGCUGCUUUGAAUAUCAGUGCUAACAGCAACGAUCCAGGUGCAGACUUUUUGUCUCUUAUGGAGUCGACGAAUGAGAAAAGAUCUAAAGAACGAUCCCAUGGGUCUCCAGAUGGUGAUUUCUCAUUUUCCAUUUUCGGUGCUGCUGUUGAAGGUAGCACAUCUAAUGGCUCGGAGGGGGACUUUGCCUUCGAUUUCGGGAAUCCAUCGCAGGAUGGAGGUGAUGAUGUUGAUUUCCAGUUCAAUUUUGGCGAGAGUUCUGAGGAACAGCGUGGAUCCGGAAAAGAUGAAGGAUUCAACCUUUUUGGUUUUUGA